GUUACCCCGCCAAAUGUGAUGAUCUGAAAGGAGAAAAGCCCCUUGUUGACCGCUCCACGUAAUUUCAGCUUCUCUUUUCUCUCCCUCUUCUCCUGCCAGCCCUGCCUCAAUAAUACCCAAGCCAACAUGUCUGAUAAAGUCUACCGCGCGAGCACCACGGCGCCCGUCAACAUUGCCGUCGUCAAGUACUGGGGCAAGCGUGAUGCCAAACUCAACCUCCCCACAAACAGCUCUCUGAGCGUCACCCUCUCUCAAGCCGACCUCCGUACCCUGACGACGGCCUCAUGCUCUGCCUCGUUUCCUGCCAGCGAAGGCGACUCUCUCCUUCUCAACGGCGAGCCAUCCGAUAUUUCGGGUGCCCGAACCCAAGCAUGCCUCCGUGAACUGCGCUCUCGCCGCGCCGCCCUCGAAGCUGCCGAUCCCUCCCUCCCUAAGCUUUCCACCUACCCCCUCCGCCUCGUCUCCGAGAACAACUUCCCCACCGCCGCCGGUCUGGCCUCCUCGGCCGCUGGCUUCGCUGCCCUUGUCCGCGCCAUCGCCAACCUCUACGAGCUCCCAGCCUCCCCCUCCGAGUUGAGCUUGAUCGCCCGCCAAGGCUCUGGCUCUGCUUGCCGCAGUCUCUUUGGUGGUUAUGUUGCCUGGAGAAUGGGCAACAAGGCUGAUGGCACCGACUCGAUGGCCGAUCAAGUUGCCGAGGCCUCGCACUGGCCCGACAUGCGCGCCUUGGUUUUGGUUGUCUCUGCUGCCAAGAAGGGCGUCAGCUCUAGCUCUGGUAUGCAGCAGACAGUUGCUACCUCUGGCCUCUUCCGCGAGCGCAUCGCCACCGUUGUGCCCGAGAACAUGGCCAUCAUGGAGAAGGCGAUCGCCGAAAAGGACUUUGAGAAGUUCGCCGAGGUCACCAUGAGGGAUAGCAACUCGUUCCACGCUACCUGCGCUGACACCUAUCCGCCCAUCUUCUACAUGAACGAUGUUUCGAGAGCCGCCAUCCGGGCUGUGGAGGCCAUCAACGAGAAGGCUGGCAGGACUGUGGCGGCGUACACCUUCGACGCCGGCCCGAACGCUGUCAUCUACUACCAGGAGAAGGACACGGAAGCUGUUGUGGGCACAUUCUACCAUGUUCUCCAGGGUGCGGAUAUCGGCGGGUGGAAGAGUGCGGACAUCAAGGGUCUCAAGCCCACCAUCUCGCUUGAUGAGAAUGUUGCUGGCCUGUUGAAGGCCGGUGUUAGCCGGGUUAUCAUGACGGGUGUCGGCGAGGGGCCGGUCAAGACAGACGAGUUUCUUGUUGCUGAGGACGGAACUCCGGCGAAAAGGUGA